AUGAAAGAAGAGGCUAGAGUCAAAUCGCAUUCUCCAGUGUGCCGAUCACCGCCAGCAAAUGAGUUUGUGCCGUCUACGCGGGAAGAGUGUCCCAAAGUAAAAGUAAAGCGUGUUGAAUCGCUGUUUUUGAUAACAUAUUCAGAUAUCGCAUCGGAGGGUGUUGUGGAGCUACACAAGUAUGAUGCGUUCAACGUAUGUCUAUACAUUGAUAUUCCGACUAUCGACUACUAUAAUGACGAGCUCAAGCACAAUAGGCUCUCGCGGCUCAACAGGCGGUUCAAAGUGCACAAGCUUCGAGAGCUUAUAUUCUCUAGCAUAACCAACUAUAAUGAAGGCUUUUGGGCUUGUAUGCGGAGCAGAGACGCACGCGCUAAGAGCAUCAGCUUCAAUUUCUCCGUAUCCUCGAGUGGCGCUUUGCGCUACGUGGAAACAAUCAAGUAUCUCAUAGAGUCCUGUUGGGAGAAGCUGCAAGAAUGUCAAGCACUACAUGUCUGCUUUAAACUCCAGGUAUCUCCGACCUCUCUCAUAUGGUUCAAAACGUUUCUAGCUAAGGAUAUGUUAGCUAAGGAGAUUGUGAAGUUCGAGCUUAUAGGCAACUAUAACAUGAUUACAUCUUCUACCACGCUGUUCAAGGAGUAUUACACAAGGCUCAACGAUAAAUUCACAAAAAAAGCACGCUCAACGUCCCUGGAUUCCAUCAUCAUUAUAACCAAUAGCACAGGUGUAAAGGCAUUGCUGACGAUUUUGUCGGAUAAACCUCUCACAAGUUAUUUAUCACAAGAGUCGCUAGAAGCGCUUCACAGCAACGCACUCCGUGAAAAACCUCCACGUCUUUUAUCAGUAGGAUCCGGCGAUAGCGAGGAUGAUACCCCGCUUCAACGGGACUCUUCAUCGUUAUUAAGUUUUCAAAACUCCCUUAUCACUUCUAAUAAAGACAAGUCGGUGAAAAUAAGAACACCGGCUCUUGUAACGAGGGGUAAUCAGGUGAGUGGUGCUGUAGAAGAUUCGACUAGCGGUACAGUAUCAGUUGCCGCCUUCCAAGAAGAUUCUGAGGGCGAAGAUGAAGAUGAUGAAGCAGACAAUGACGAAGAUGGUUUGAGUUUUUCUGUGCCCAGCAGGCUUUCUCGUUGUGGGUCAGAAGUUGAUCUUAAAUCAAGACAAGUUGAAGAAACAUCUACUACACGUCGCUUUAGAUCCUUGAGUUUGAUGGAUCCGGCUUUGAAAGCUCCUUUCUCGCAGGAUGUACCAUCUUCCUCGUCGCGAGUUCCUACGUCAAUGGAAACUAUAGAAGAUGAAAUGUGCUCUCCCACCGCAAACUCUUUGAACAAGGAUCGGUAUACAAAUAUCUAUGUGCACGAUGGACAGUUCGAAGGUGAUACACCUGUCCCAGCGAAGAAACCUGCAAGGAAACUAUUGCGUUCUAACUCACGCAACAACUCUAGUAAUGGCUUAAUACCACCUGAGUUCUAUUCUAGAAUAUCAUCACCCUCCACAAGUAAUAGCAGUUCUAAUACCUCGCUCAACAACAUUAACAUUCUACCAGGUACGUUUUCAAAACUUUUAGACUCAACAGGCGAGCAAAGCAAUGGAGAAUCACAUUCGCUUUUUGAAAAAAAUUUGAUUAAUAAAUCAUUCGAAGAGGCUAGAAAACAACCCCCACCAAACUUCUUCCACACAUUAAUAGGCCAACAGGACAUGAAUAGGUUUGCAUUGAAUUUCAAAAGCAACAAAACGAUCCCUACUACUGUAAAAUUGCUCGACGAUGAAGAUAGAUUGAUGUCCGGAGCUGGAAACUACAGUUCUUGGACAUCAGAUGAUGAUUCGAAGUCUAACACUGAAUCAGUAACAACUUUGAUUGCACAGGACGAACUUUCCUCAAGCACUUCCACCACGUCUAAGAAACUCAAUCUUCAGAUAUACGACAACCCAGAUGACGAAGUCAAAUCAACUCCGGAGACAGAGGAGAGCAAACCAAAAUCCACUUACAAGAAACCCAAGUUUACUUUGGAUCUUUACAAUGACGACGAUGUAGAAUCAAACGGUGGAUGGUUAUUGGGAGGAAAUGCUCGGUAA